AAUUACAAAAAAUAAACAAAAUGGUAGCAAGAAAAUCAGAGGUCAAUCGUUUCCUAGCCAAACUAAACGGCUCUCAUCCACUCUUCCCCUUGAUCACUCUAUCCCCAAUCUAACCGUCGCCUAAUCGCCUUUUCUCGUCCCCUCCCCACUUCCCCACUCUUUUGUUCUCUUCUUCCUCCGUCACCGGCGAUCGCCAGAAAACCGUCCACCCAAAAUUACCCAAACUCUCAAAGAGCCAAAUCACAACGCACAUCAUCCAACCCAUAUCAUUUAAUCCACCAAAAGCUAAAAACAGAGACGACCCAAAAGCCACACACUCACCCACCCACCCACCACUCUCCCUUCUUCCUCCACAAGCAGAGCCAUGGCGGCUUCGGCUUCUUCCACAUUCUCCCAAUCCCUUCUAUCCCGCGCGAUACCCAAUCACUCCGCCGCCGCCCACAAUUCGGCUCUCCCGCCUCACUCCCUCUCCUUCCUCUCCGCCGUCAAGCCUUCCCUCCCUUCCGCCAGAGCCGCCACCUCCUCCUCCCGCCGCCGCUCGACCCGAUCGAGCUCCUCCUGCGCCGUUGUCCGCGCGGCGGCCGUGGAGACUCUGCAGAAGACCGACACCGAGUUGGUGGAUAAAUCGGUGAACACGAUAAGGUUUCUGGCGAUUGAUGCCGUGGAGAAGGCGAAUUCGGGCCACCCGGGUUUGCCCAUGGGUUGCGCCCCGAUGGGUCAUAUAUUGUACGACGAGGUCAUGAGGUAUAACCCCAAGAACCCUUACUGGUUCAACAGGGAUAGGUUUGUUCUGUCUGCUGGACAUGGCUGCAUGUUGCAGUACGCCCUGCUUCACCUUGCUGGCUACGACGCCGUGAGGGAGGAAGAUUUGAAGCAAUUUCGUCAAUGGGGAAGCAAGACCCCUGGACAUCCAGAGAACUUCGAGACACCUGGAGUUGAAGUUACUACUGGUAUGGAUUGGAAACCCUUUUCUUUGUUGAAUCAUGGGUUGCUUUUGGUUUCCCCUUUUGCUGUAGGUCCUUUGGGUCAGGGAAUUGCCAAUGCUGUUGGUUUGGCACUUGCUGAGAAGCACUUGGCUGCAAGAUACAACAAACCUGAUGCUGAGAUCGUUGAUCAUUACACGUAUGUGAUCCUUGGAGAUGGAUGUCAAAUGGAAGGAAUCGCGAAUGAGGCAUGUUCCCUUGCCGGGCAUUGGGGACUCGGAAAGCUCAUUGCUUUCUAUGACGACAAUCACAUCUCGAUCGAUGGAGACACAGAGAUUGCGUUCACUGAGAAUGUAGAUGCUCGUUUCGAGGCACUCGGGUGGCAUGUGAUCUGGGUGAAGAACGGCAACAAUGGGUAUGAUGAGAUCAGAGCUGCCAUUGAGGAGGCCAAGGCUGUAAAAGACAAGCCUACCAUGAUCAAGGUAACUACUACCAUCGGUUUCGGGUCACCAAACAAGGCAAACUCAUACAGUGUCCAUGGAGCUGCAUUAGGUACUAAAGAAGUCGAAGCCACGAGGCAGAACCUCGGCUGGCCCUACGAGCCAUUCCACGUCCCAGAGGAUGUUAAGAAGCAUUGGAGUCGCCACACUCCUGAAGGAGCAGCAUUGGAAGCCGAAUGGAAUGCCAAAUUCGCCGAGUACUCGAAGAAGUACCCAGAGGAAGCAGCAGAAUUGAAAUCCAUCACGACCGGUGAGUUCCCCUCCGGUUGGGAAUCAGCACUGCCAACUUACACCCCGGAGAGCGCUGCAGACGCAACACGAAACCUCUCGCAACAAAACCUGAACGCACUCGCCACCGUUCUCCCCGGUUUCCUUGGAGGAAGCGCUGAUCUCGCUUCCUCCAACAUGACGCUGAUGAAAGCCUACGGCGACUUCCAGAAGUCCACUCCCGAGGAACGAAACCUCCGGUUCGGAGUACGUGAACACGGCAUGGGCGCCAUCUGCAACGGGAUCGCGCUCCACAGCCCAGGAUUCGUCCCUUACUGUGCCACAUUCUUCGUCUUCACCGACUACAUGAGAGGAGCGAUGAGAAUCUCAGCAUUGUCGGAAGCAGGAGUGAUCUACGUGAUGACCCACGACUCAAUUGGGCUGGGAGAAGAUGGGCCGACCCAUCAGCCCAUCGAGCACCUGGCCAGCUUCAGGGCAAUGCCGAACAUCUUCAUGUUCCGUCCGGCCGACGGGAACGAGACCGCCGGAGCGUACAAGAUCGCAGUGGAGAAUCGAAAGACGCCUUCCAUCCUCGCCCUCUCGAGACAGAAGCUUCCCCAGCUUCCGGGAACAUCGAUCGAGGGAGUCGCCAAGGGCGGUUACGUGAUCUCCGACAAUUCGACGGGGAACAAACCGGAUGUCAUUCUGGCCGGAACAGGUUCGGAGCUGGAGAUUGCUGCCAAGGCCGGUGAUGAGCUGAGGAAGGAAGGGAAGGCGGUUCGCGUCGUGUCGUUGGUUUCAUGGGAACUGUACGAGAAGCAGAGUGAUGAGUACAAGGAGAGUGUUUUCCCCGCGGGUGUAACGGCUAGGGUCAGCAUUGAGGCUGCAACAACUUUUGGGUGGCAGAAGUUCGUCGGUGACAAGGGGAAAGCCAUUGGUAUCGAUAAGUUCGGUGCGAGUGCUCCGGCGGGGAAGAUCUACAAGGAGUAUGGAUUGACAGUAGAGGCAGUGAUUGAAGCUGCAAAGUCGUUUUUCUGAGCGCCCUCAUGAACCAAUGUACACUUUGGAUGUUGGAGGAAAUGUUCUCCCCUGGUUUCUUGGCACGAAACGUUUUGGGACGAUUCGAAAUGCAAUCAUCAGAAAAGACGGGACUUCUGCCAGGUCAGGGGGAGCCAUUCUUUCGUGGAGAAAUAAAGAAGUGGAGAAUUUGUUUAGUGAUAGAAAGAGCUCUCUCUCUGCUUCUUCAGUUUGGACUUGAAUUGGUGGAGUGGGUUUUCUUUCUUAUCUUGUGAGUUUGUUGUUGAACAUGAUGAGACUGUAAAUCUCUCUGAUUUUGUAGAGCUUUUGAGACUACUGAUCAAUGGUGGGUUUUGUACCACUGUUCGUGAAAUCGUACUGGCAGAUCGAAUCACCGCGAUUGAUCGCUCAAGAUCUAACCCAUGUUCUGUCUGCAUUUUAAGCCGAAAUUCGAUAAAAAUCGGACCACAGUGGCGUACUGUAAGUUGUUAUGCUCUUGAAUUGGUGAGAUACUUUCCCCAAUGGGGAGAGAUGAGAUUGAGAUAUGCUUUCUUUGUAUGUAUGGAGACUGGAAGAAGCAAAGCAUAUUCCUGCAUUGAAGCCAUUGAUAGAGAGGAGAGGACCCAAUCAGGAAGAGGCUUUGAGGGGCCAUUCCGAUAAGGUAAGUUAAGGAGAUCCGUACCGCGCCUUUGUCUUUAACGUUACCGCCGAUGCCAUUCUUGAUUCUUCUCCUCUAAAAAGCAGGUCGCAGUUGCAGACAGCACACACCCUUUGGCCUUCACCUUCAAACUUGAGGAGGCUCUUCUUCUUAUCUUCAACUUUCAUGGAGCCAACUUGCAAAAUUUUGCGACUCCUUUUCCUUUUUUUCUCACUUACUAAACCCUGUUAGCAAAAUCAGUUACAUGAAUUUUCGGAAGACCUUAUCUCAUGUUUCUUUGUUCACACUGGUUGGCGAUCCAAGUAUGUGAAAUGUUUACAAUCCUUGUU